AUGUCUGGCUACUACGACAACAACCAGUACAACCAGGGUUACAACCACCAGCAGCAGCAGGGUGGUUACCCUCAGCAGCAAGGCUACGGUCAGCAAGGCGGUUACCCCCAGCAGGGCGGCUCCAACGAGUACUACAACCAGCAGCCCCAGCAAGGCUACCAGCAGCAGCAGGGUGGUUCCAACGACUACUACAACCAGCAGCAGCCUCAGCACCAGCAGCAGUAUGGUGGCGAGCAGCAGCACUACGGCCAGGAAGGUUCCCGAGAGGGAUACUACGGCGAACAGCAGCAGCACCAGCAGCAGCAGGGUGCUCCCGGUGAGGCUCAGGAGGGUGAGCGUGGUCUUGCCGGCGCUCUUGCCGGUGGUGCCGCUGGUGGUUGGGCCGGUCACAAGGCCAACCACGGCUUCCUCGGAACGAUCGGUGGAGCCAUUAUGGGUAGCAUUGCGGAGGAUGCCAUCAAGAAGCACAACCGGGAUCAGGCUCCUCCCCAGGGUGGUCCAGGUGGUCCCUACGGCGGCCCCGGCCCUGCCCCUCAGGGCGGCAACAACAUGAUGGACCAGCUCGGCGGCUUCUUCAAGCGCUAA